AUGUUAGAACAGCUUUUGAUCUUCACAAGAGGAGGAUUAAUCCUCUGGACAUGCAAGGAGCUUGGAAACGCUCUCAAAGGAUCACCAAUCGACACUCUCAUCCGUUCCUGUCUCCUCGAGGAACGAUCCAGUGAAGUCUCCUUCAACUACGAAGCCUACACUCUCAAGUGGACUUUCCACAACGACCUUGGACUCGUCUUCGUCGCUGUGUAUCAGCGUAUCCUCCACUUGCUCUACGUGGAUGACUUUCUCUCCAUGGUGAAGCAAAGCUUCUCCGAGAUCUAUGAUCCUAAACGGAUGACGUAUGAUGAUUUCGACGACACUUUUAGGCAGCUUAGGAAGGAAGCUGAGGCUCGGGGAGAGGAGUUGAGGAAGACGAAGCAAGUUGGGAAGCCUGUGGGGAGUGUUAAGAAGCAAGGGCAGGCGGCAAAAUCUGGUCUUGAUGGAGGAAGCAAGAGUAGUAAUGGGGAAAGUGGUGGUGGGUCGAAGAAGGAUGAUGGAGAUGGGGAUAAGGGUGUAAGAGGUAGAGGUGGUGUAAGGAAAACUGACAGUAUAGGUAAUAAAAGUUCCAAGGUUACUGCUGUGGAACCGCCAAAGAAGGCGACGAAGAAGAAUAGGGUUUGGGAUGAUGCGGCUCCUAAACAAGUGAAGUUGGACUUUACGGAUUCCGUUGGUGAAAAUGGGAAUGGGAACGAGGAGCAUGUGGAUAUUGUGGCUGCUGACCAAGGAGAAAGUAUGAUGGAUAAGGAAGAGAUUUUUAGCAGUGAUGGUGAAAGCGAAGAUGAUGAUGAUGAUGAACCUGAUAUCGUGAGGAUCAAAGUUGUCCGUCUCGUGGACACAAUCAGAACCAGAGAGUUGAAACUAGCCUUGAUGUUACAUCUCCUGGUCAGACCCGUGAGCAUGCUCUCCUUGCUUUCACCCUUGGUGUUAAGCAAAUGAUUUGCUGCUGUAACAUGGUGAACCUAUACUCUGUUUUCAUUGCUUAUUGCCAUUACACUGUUUUGAUAAGAUGCUAAAACAGAUGCGUAUCUUUUGUUAUAAAUCAUUUAAUAAACUCAUAUAAAUCAAAUUUGUAAGAGUUUAUAAAUCAUUUUGUAAAAAUGUAUAUAAUCAUUUUAAUGUCUUUAUAAACACUUAUAA